UCUUCCUCACUUCACACACGAAACGGCAGCGCUGGGAGAGGGCACAACCAAGCCAAAACCACAUCUUCUCCAUGGCAUCUCCUCUUCCCCUUCCCCUCCCCACCCACGCCCAGGUCGCAGACACCUAGCUCCUCGCCGACCUGAGCCUCCCCCGCCGCCGGAGACCAUCCCCUUCCGCUCUUCCGCCGGCCGACUCGGUUCCGUUCCCCCUCCUCCCCUCUCGCCGACCAGGCCACUAGGAGGAACACAAGAGUAAGCCACUUGCAUGAUGGAGACUGCAGAGUCUCGACCUUGGUCAGAUCUUCAGCCAGAACUCCUGGGCCUUGUUCUCAGGCGUCUCCCUUCCAUAGCUGACCGUGUUCGUCUGAGAGCAGUGUGUCACCCGUGGCGUUCUAAUAGUCUGCUGCAGUCCAUUCCCCUCCCAUUCCCAUGGAUUACCCUACCCGACGGCACCUUCCUCAGCAUUCCAGGUGGUGAAAUUCACCACAUGCCUGUACCAGUCGGUGCUUGUUGCUGCGGCUCAAUUGAUGACUGGCUAUUCCUCAUGACCAGUGAUGUUUCCUAUAAGUUGGUGGUGCCCUCGCCCCUGGACUCAGCACCGGAUUCUCUUGUUGCUGCACUGAUUAUGGAUGAUGACAACUGUGCUACACUUUGUAUUAGUCAGCCACCGAUUGCCACUGACUUGUUCAGAGAUGAUAAGGUUCCAGCACUUCAGAUUGAGGAUGUUGCAUUCUUUGAUGGAAAGCUGUACGCAUUGUGCGGGUUUGGCAUACUCUGCAUCGUUGAGUUGGGCAAUGACCUUUGUAUUGCAUCCACUGAAUGCAUAAUUCACUCUUUGCAUGAGUUAGGUGGAAUUCCUAAAUCCUUGCCCAAGGUGGACAAUAGGGGCUAUACAGUAGCGGUGUAUCUAGUUGAAUGUGGUGGUAGACUGUUGAUUGUGAAACGUUGGUUCGAGUCCAUACAUGGUCCCGUAAGUGACUAUGUAUUUGGAUAUGACCAUACUGUUGCAUUUGAAGUCUUUGAGGCAGACUUGAGCACCAACCCUGGCCGAUGGAGAAGGAUCAGUAAGUUGGGUGGCCAUGCCCUCUUUCUUGGCCAACAUGCUUCCAAGUCCCUACCUGCUACAGAAUGCAGUGGAUACCGAGAGGAUUGCAUCUACUUCAUGGCUGACUAUUUGGGUCUGCCAUGUUCUGUGAAUCCUCUUCUUGACUCCGGUGUGUACAACAUGAGGAAUGGGAAGAUCACGCCAUUGAUGGUGCAGACUGCAGCAGCUCCACCAGAACGUGCUGGGCAGUGGCGUCCAGCAUGGUUUUUCCCUCCUGAAGCUGUAUGAUCAACCCAGCAGGGUUUUUUCUGCUGUUUUGGAGGCUCUUUGCUUGCCUAACUCGAUUUGCUUAAGCAGUGUGAUCAAUCCAACCUGGGAACUGGUCAUCUUUAUAUUUUAUGGUGGGACUUAAGUUAUUAAUUAGUAUCCUGAUCAACCCAGCCUAGGUGCUACUUAUCUUUGUGCUUGUGCUAUGUUACCGUAUGAUUGUGAACUCUCAGUUGGUAAUUGGUAUGAUGGUGUAUUCUCUUGUGGAUGAUCUUAACGGGAUGUCGGGAUGUAUUUAAAUGUGCAAGCCUUCCAUUGUAGCAA